AUGCAUCUUGUGAUAGCUGUGAGUCAUUUUUUGUUCAUGACUCUAUUUUUGUCACUGGUCGAAACCAAGUUCUACACACCAUUCCAGUUUAACCAGUAUAAAGCUGGGCUCAGCCAACACCAUGACCAAGGGAAACCCACCAGCAGACACAAGAACCACUGUGCCUAUGUCACUGAAAAGACAGUUUCCUUCACCACGCAGGAUGGGGCAGCCCCCUAUGUAAAAGCUGAGUACAACAAGUGUUCCUGGGGUCAAAAAUGUCCAACUCUGAUGUAUCGUCUGCUAUACAAACCAAUCUACAAGGUGGCACAUAAGACCGUCACAGAGCUGGAGUGGCGUUGUUGUCCAGGGUUCUCUGGUUAUGGCUGUAUGGAGGGUCUGCCAGUUUACCAACACCCCAUGAAAAUGAUGCCACCAUUCAAGGGCCUGCCAAUGAAAGGCCCACAGUUUAAGGGACCACAAUACAAAGGUCCCAUGUUUAAGGGCCCACCUAUUAACACUGCUGUGAAAGCCAACCCAUGGAGUCAACCUAAAGGACUGCCCCCCAGCAGUUUUAACUCUUACCCAAUGCGUCACUUUGGGCCUCCCAGGUCCUCCUCUUACCCAGAGACAUCCUUCGAGCCCUAUCCAUCUGAGCCAGAGCCAAUGCCAGACCACCAGGACCCACAUCACACAGACCAAGAACAUAUCCAUGAACAUGAGCAUAGCCAAGGACCUGAGGAACAUAUACUAGAGGAAAUCCCUCCUCCUUCCUCUGGUGGUGAACAGCCCGAGGGUGAGACCAUAGGCCAAGCUCUAGACAGUGAGACAGAGGAGCGAAUAUAUCGAAUUGAGGAGGAUGUCCAACGUCUAAACCAGGGUCUAGAGACCCUGAGGGGAACUGUGACUGGACUGGAGGAUAGUCUACGAGCCUCUCUGAGAGAGGAUGCCAACAGGAUGCUGUCGGCUCUGCUCUCUGCUGCUCCUGGUCCUGUUCCUGCUCCAGCUGUAGUCUCUAAUCCAUCCAAUGUAGGGUUUGCAGAGAUUCCUGGGGGAGACCCUGAGACUGAGGGUCUAGAUGGCAGACACAUGUUUCCAGGCCUCACAGAAUUGAAUGGAAGGGUAGAGGAGCUCAGGACAGAGCUGCAAGCCAAGACAGUAGAGCUACAGGAACUCAAAGCAACAGUGAUGGGACAUGAUGGAGAACUGAAGAAGAUGUCAAAUAGAGCAGGAAGAGCUAUGGAGAAGCUAAUGGAUGCCAAUCUGAGUGCAACCAGGGCAGAAAUUUUUGGCAGGUUUGAGAAGCGUGCGGAGAGUACAGAGGGCCGGUGUGAGGAGAAAGCUGGGGAUGUGCGUCGUCAGUGCCAGAGGGAGCAAGGUGAGACGCAGGAGCAGAUGGAAGAUGCUCUGCAGAAAAGUACCAAAGACUUGAGAACAGAGCUGAGAAACCUCCAGGCACAAAUCCAUGUGAGUGGACUAUUUGAAAGGGUACAGCUGCUCGAAACAUCAGUGGAAGGCCUCAACCAGUCCCAGGGUCACCUGAGAGUGGAGCUGGGUGGACACAAGGAUCACAUAGAGGGAAUGCUGGAGGGGCGUCUGGGGUAUGUUGAGGCCAAGCUAAACCUGACUGGGCAGACUAAAAGUGAUGAGCCUGAAAGAAGGACGGUUGUCCCAGACAGAGCUGAGACAGUACAAGGCAUGGAAGCCAGAAUGGAGGGUAAGCUGACGGCUCUGGAAGGCCGUUUACUGACAGCUUUGGAGGAGCUGGGUAAUGCCACUGCCCCCGCACUGCUGGAGGGUCAUGCUGUUCCCACUUUGGAGACGGAACUGGAGUCCCUUCGAGGAAGACUAGAGGUGGAUGUGGACAGAGUGCAGAAACACCUGAGCAGCCUUGAGAUUCUCUGCUCCUCUUCCUGUUCCUCAACUCAAAAUCCAUCUGCCAUCCAGGGAGACUCUGCUAUGUCAAGUGUUAACCUGGCAGAGGAGCAGAACGUGAAAGAGGUAUUGGACAUGCAAGAUGACCGUCUGAAUACCCUGAAUAUCACACUGCAGAAUAUCCUGAGGCGUCUGACCCUCAGGGACCAGCAGGAAAAAGCAGAAGGAGAUAUUCCCAUCCAGGGAGAGCUCACAAUCCUCAAAUUUAAUGUCCGCUCAGUCAAUCACACCCUGAGAGGCCUCCAGGAUUCUCUCGGAACAGUCGUCCACCAGGUGGGUCAAGCCAACAGCUCCUGGCAUGACAGAGAGGCUCGUCUUGCCCAGCAGAUAAAGGGUGUGGUCCAGCUGGUUGGACAUCAGGCUUCCAUGCUUGGGGCAGGUGAGCGGAAACUGACCCGACUUAAAGGUGAGCUGCACGAGAUGAAGAGGCGGCUAGCAGAGGAGGUCCAGGGCUGCCGGAGCACUGCUAUGGGGGUCAAGAAAGAGGUAACUGAGGUUGGAGGGCGUGUUGCCAGUGUGGAGGACCAGUGCAAGGGCCUGAAUUACUUGGCAGAGGACCUGGAAAGAAUCAGGGAGGAGCUAGAGAGACAAUCAAAUGGGCUUCUCCUGCAAGUAAAUGGGACUCUGUCCAGUCAUGCUCAGCAGCUGUCUGAGCUGAAAGGUGAACUCAGAAACUGCACCUCCAAGGUAGAGCCAACACAACAAAGUUUGGAGCUGGAGACAGAGCCAAGACGAGGGGACACCUUCACUUUGAAUUAG